ACAGAGCGCAGUUGGAGUCUCUGGCUGAAUGUGUCAUCUCUAUCCCGGACACAAAUUUACACACUAUCGCCAUGCUACCGCAGCAGUGAACUGUCUCCACGGCAAUAAAAAGAAACGACUGCACAUCCUUCUGUUUAUCGGUGAAACUAGGCAGGUGUGAAUGACCGACGUGGUGCCUACCACCGCCCUCAGUGAAAUACAGCUUCGCCUGCUCUGCCACGAUGACAUAGACAGAAUUAAAGUGCUCUGUGGAGAGUGGUUCCCCAUUGAGUAUCCAGACUCAUGGUACCAUGACAUCACAUCAAAUAAGAAGUUCUUCAGUCUGGCUGCCACCUUCAGAGGUGGAAUUGUGGGGAUGAUUGUGGCUGAAAUAAAAAGCAGAACGAAAGUACACAAAGAGGAUGGAGACAUUUUGGCCUCCAGCUUUCCUGUUGACACUCAGGUUGCGUACAUCCUGAGUUUAGGAGUCGUGAAGGAGUUUCGCAAACAUGGAAUAGGCUCUCUGUUGCUGGACAGUUUAAAGGAGCACAUCUCCACCACGGCGCAGGACCACUGUAAAGCCAUCUACCUGCAUGUGCUCACCACUAAUAACACUGCCAUUCACUUCUAUGAGAACAGAGACUUUAAACAGCACCACUAUUUACCGUACUAUUACUCGAUACGAGGAGUGCUCAAAGAUGGUUUCACCUACGUCCUCUACAUCAAUGGCGGACAUCCUCCAUGGACUAUCUUUGAUUAUAUCCAUCAUAUAGGUUCGGCACUGGCUAGUCUGAGCCCCUGCUCUAUUCCUCAGAGAAUCUACAGGCAAGCACAGAAUCUUCUGCGCAGCUUUCUGCCAUGGUCAGGCAUCUCUUCCAAGAGCGGCAUUGAGUACAGCAGGACAAUGUGAUGAUGGUCAGCUCAGAAAGAUGCAAGGUGGAGGAGUUUGAUUGUUUGGGUCCCGUCAGAUGCUGAAGAGGGCCAUGAAGACUGAAAUCCGUUCUCUCUGGUCUGGAGCAGUGUAUUAUAAUUGUACAUUAUAUAUUUACAUAUAUAUAUAUAUAUACUUUAAUAUAUGCAUUGUCAUUAGUACAUUGCCCUUUUAAUAUAAAAUCUCCACUUCAUGCCUGUAAUUCUGCUGCUGUGUAGAAAUAUUCUAUUCUUUAUCCAGAUUUUUAAUAUAAAUCAACGUUUUUUUUUUUAAUUCGUGGCCUGUUCUGUAGAUAAUUUUAGGGUUUGAUGGUAGAAGUAUGCAUACCUUUUCCAUAUAGUCACUUUCAUGCAUGUGUCAAGUGUUUGUGCUUGGCACGGAGCAUAUACUUCAGCGAUUUCUUUUAAGUUUGGUGUUUUUAUUAACAUUUGCACAGAGGCAAUGAAUGUAGUGUUGCUGAAUUGAAGGAAACGAAGGCCACCGUGACAAAACCCUCCACCUCGACAUAUGUGUGUGUUGUUAAUGUCAAACGCAAAUGUGAAAACUCUUUUUAAAAUUCAGAUGAUUUUGGAUCCUACAGCAUCGCGUCCUGCCAUUCCAUGCAGUGAACUUCCUGUUGUUUUAAAGGGGAAAUAAAUGAAUGUUGUGUGAGGG